AUGCAGGUGCGUGUCCUCAAUAAGUUUCACCUCCCUUGCUGGCUGGUUUUACCCGAGUCCGGCUUCUAUGAUCCCCUGCCUGGGCUGUCUCCCUCGGUCUCGAAGGGGCCUUACCGACGCCACGGUGCCGCGAGAUUGGCUUCCACGAGCGCCCCUGAGGCUGGCGGAGGACACACAACGCGGAGAGGCCAUGCACCCCAUCUGUCGAUUAGCGACCCUAGCCACCAUGUGACUGAGGCCAUCGGGCAUAUGUACGACGAUGACUAUGAUCGCAAUGACCCCAGGCGUCUCAGUUAUAUAGCAUCACCCCUCGGCGAGGCGAUAACAACCAUCCCGCGCCAUGCCGCUGGUUCCGACUCCUCUCUCUCCCCCUCGACACCUCCACCACGUUCGCCAAUCUCGCCAGUCGAUGGGCAACCGAAGCAGACCAAUGGGCACUUACGGCCGCCUCUCGUAGGCCAAUGGUCGUUUGACCGAGACAGCGAUACUGGGUCCCCCGAUUCGACGCGAUCGCCUUCCGAAACCGCCACGUCUUCCUUUCCUCUCAACGAUAUCGAUUAUGAGUCAGAUCCUGCUGCGGUGGUCCAGGAGCUGAACAACCUAGCUGCGAUUCGGCGCAUGUCGAUGGACCAACUUUUCGAUUCCGUCCCUACCCCCUCACCCUCGGCCGAUGAGAACGAUGCGUCACGGUUAUUCUGGGUUCCUGCAAGCUUGCAUCCGGAGCUGGCACCGAAGGAGUUCAAGUCAUUUCUUGAGAGCAAAGCCGAUGUCAUCAAACGCAAAUCGGGCGACUAUUCGUCCCUUGGGCCCGAGCGACAGGGAUCGGGGAGCGGGCUCCGCCGAAAGCGAUCGAUGCUGUCCAAGCAGAUCGACGAUUCCUCCGGCUAUAAAGAUGGCGCGGAUCGUUUGGAAUGCCAGCGUUCGCAAUCGAGUCGAAGGGAUGGGAUGUUGAGUCCGAACUUGCAGGAGCUGGAGACACUCGUGGACGAUUCAAAGCCGGAGAGCAAGGAUUCAUUAGUGAGAGGGAUGCAGAAUGCGAGCAUUGCUGCCAGUGAGGAUAAGCCGAUCUUACCGCCCGCACCACCGGGCCACAGCCUACGACGCUCGACUCGGACACAAUACAAGAAGGGGAGCUUGAAAAAGGGCGAGAAGGUGCCAUAUUCGAAACGGGUUGGAAGAGCGCUUUCGGAAUCUACCCACACAGGACCGCCUGCGGUUGUCUCCUUCGACGAUCAGCCAAUACUUGGAACAACUCGCGUGUCCACCGAUUCUACCUCUGCAGCAACAGGUCGAGCAGUCCGGUCUCCGUCUACUUCGUCCCGCAGCACGGCCUAUACGCCAGGCUCGAUGGCUAGUUCAACCUUCGAUCCAAUUCUUGAUAACCCAGAAGCCGAGCAGCAAGAAGAAUUGUCAUCUUCUCAUCCGUCUGAUGCAUCUUUUGAGCGAUCUGAUUCAACCGGAAGCAAUGCAGGGUCCCAUGGACGACAAUGGCAUUCCCGCAUCAGCUCGAACGGUCGGUCCACAUUGAUUAUUCCUCCAACUGAACAACAAGUCCCUGCGAUUGUCGAAACUCCUCCCCCGGAUAACAACCGUACACCACCCAGCUCAAGUUCUCAACCCGCCCGGGCACCGGACCGAGAUAUGCCCUCGACCUUCUCCGGCAAGAUAUCUCCGUCCCACGAUUCGACACCUAGCAAGCGAUCCUUGAUGAAUCGCCAGUCCGGGAAAGACAGUACGACCACACUCGAUGACUUUGCCAGCCAACCCCAGAUGAUACCCGGUAACAGCACCCGGACCGACAGUCUUUCGUUCAUCCCAACAAUGCCCGAGGAGCGGAAAUCCGAAGGCAAGAAGUCAAAGAAGGAUACUGAAGGCCGUAAGUCCAGCUGGCACUGGCUGCUGGGAAGUGAGGAGAAGGACAAGAAAAAGGAGAAGGACAGCGACUCGAAAAAGACAAAAUCAAAGCAUCCCGAUAAAUCUCACAACAAUGCGCGAAUGGACGUGUUGCAGUCGUCUAUGGACAGCACUCCCAAGGGCCGGGAAAGCCUCAUUCUGGACCGCCUCGAUCCAAAGCUGGAGGAAGAGCGGCGGAAAGAUGGUGUCCGGCGAGCUUCUGGCGAGUCUAAGAAAGAAAAGGAUGGCAUCUUCUCUUCGAUCUUUGGCGGUGGCCGGAAGAAGCACAGCGGAGAAGGCCACCACCGAAAGAACUCGUCCCGGAACCUGUCUCCUGACCCUCCAAUGCGGGAGCUGCGGGCCGAUGUCGAUUUUCCGUGGACUCGAUUUUCUAUACUGGAAGAACGAGCCAUCUAUCGCAUGGCCCACAUUAAGCUUGCCAAUCCCCGCCGAGCUCUAUACUCCCAGGUGUUGCUGAGCAAUUUCAUGUACUCAUACCUGGAGAAGGUGCAGCAGAUGCACCCCCAGAUGACGGUGGCGUCUUCUGGUUCACAGAGGUCAUCCAAAUCUCGGGACCAGCCAGAUGAGUACCUUCAAUACCAGCGAUACCAAGAAGCGCAGGAGCAGCAGCAGCAGCAGCAACAACAACAGUACGGGGACAGCGCAUACGAUGACCCAUCCAUGUACGACUACGACGACGAUCCGCACGAUCACUACCAGGCCCAGGGGGGAAACAGUAAGCACGGCUACGAAAAUGGCCACGCUUACGACUCGGGCCACUACCAGUACGGACACUCGUCCUUUGGCGACGACGUCCAGCUGGAUGACGACGAUGACGAUGAUAUGUGGUGA